AAUGUUACUGAGAUACUGUAUUGGGCGCUUCGUUUAACUCAGUCGUGAAGCUGUUACUGCACUGACUCUCGACAACGAACUUGAAUUUCGAAUGAAACUUCGCUUCUCUCCAUCAUCAUUGUGACAGUGUUCUGCACCAAGCAAGUAUAUCUACAUGGCUGAGACUACUGUAGAAGUGACAGUGUCCCCUGGCUUGACCGCCCCGAGCGACGCUAGCGAUGGCAGUUCCGCACAGACAAACCCACAGGAUCUACUGCUCGUCGUGUUCAUUCAUGGUUUCAAGGGGACAGACUCCACAUUCGCACAAUUCCCAGAGAGACUUCGACAUGUCCUUGCAGAGACCAUCUCAGACGUUGUUGUGGAAAGCAUAGUGUUCCCUGCUUAUGAGACCAAGGGAGAAUUGACCGCAGCCGUAAUACGCUUUGCUGACUGGCUAACCAACCUAACUGUCCAACGAGAAGUUGCGUACGGUGUUGGUGGAGGAGCUGGCAAGGCUAAAAUCAUACUUUGUGGACAUAGCAUGGGUGGCCUCUUGGCUGCGGAUGCCCUGAUUGAAUUUGUGCGGACUCGUCCCGAUUCGCGUGCACCAUUAUGGCCAAACAUCGUUGCAUGCCUCGCAUUCGAUACACCGUAUUUCGGUCUACAUCCAUACGUCUUCAAGAACACGGCGGCCCAAGCGGCUGGCUACGUCCGGACUGCACACAGUCUCAUCUCAAACCUGAGCUUCGGUUCGAAGGCACAGGCCCCGACCGCCGCAUCCCAGGCACCGAUAGCAGCAAUAGAAGCACCGCCUGCUAGUACUCAAGCAACAGGUUCAAUCUGGCAAAAAUGGGCUCCAGCGGCAUACGCGGUUGGAGGAGCGCUUAUUGCUGGAGCUGCUGCUGGUACUGCCUAUUACAAGCGAGAAGAUUUGAGUGUAUCCUAUACAUGGGCCACAGAUCACAUGAAAUAUGUGGGCACUCUAUGGGAUGAAGCUACUCUCAAGCGGCGAGUAGACACAUUGUUCCAGAUUGAUCAGAGCAUGGGCGUACUGUUCCGGGAUUUCUAUACAAACCUACCAACAAAUCCGCCGAAGUUCGUCGAUCCACGAACAUUCAUCAUAUUACCAAAGUCAUCAACCCGUUAUGCAUCGCAUUUCCUUCCUGCAAAUAACAGCCUCGCGUCAGAUGAAAUUUCAGCCCACACCGGCAUGUUCGAUGCGAAGACAAACGACGGCUACUACGAGCUUGGACUCAUGGCCGCACAGCUCAUACGAGAUGUUGUCAUAUCGAUACGCACGGCAAGAGAGAGUGUGGAACCUAAACCAGCGAAGAAAACACCUGAAGCUAGCCCUGCGCAGGUGAAUCAAGAUGCCACUGUCAAGGAGAAGCCAGCUGAAGAGAAUCAUUCCACGCCAGAGGAUGAAGUAAAGCAAGAUUCACCUUUGCUAUGAUUCGGUGAAUGUGCACACAAUAAAUCCAUUUAUCUCUAAUGUAACAUAUUAUUCACGGACUUGUACAUACUGUAUCAUAUAUCAUCGGGCUAGAUGCUUUAAAGAUAGUCGCAUGGCAUACGCAUCCUCGCCAUCAGCAUCUACAGGAUAU